GGUAGGCACGUGCGAGGGAGAUGCACGGAAUUGAGCAGAAGCUUCUGGGUCUGCGAGACACGGUUUCAGAAGGAAAGAUCCCGAUUCAGAACUCUCAAGUCUCAACUGCUAUUAGAGUUUCGUUUCGUCUCGUUUCAGCUAUCUUCCUCGCUCCGCUAUGUCUUCUCCCGGCGAGUUUUAUAAAUCACUUCCACCUAUAAGCAAGGCUUAUGGUACAGCUUGUCUGUUAGCUACAGCAGUUUACCAACUUGGAUUAUAUCAACCUGUUCACAUUGCGCUAAUAUACGAACUAGUGUUCUUUCGUUUUCAGGUUUGGAGGCUGUUCACAAACUUCUUUUUCCUCGGACCAUUCUCCAUCAAUUUCGGUAUUCGUCUUUUAAUGAUAGUAAGGUAUGGUGUCCAACUUGAGAAGGGACCAUUCGACAGACGGACUGCUGAUUUCUUGUGGAUGAUGCUAUUUGGAGCCUUUGCACUAUUGGUUCUAUCUGCAAUCCCCUUUUUUUGGACCCCAUUUUUGGCAAUAUCACUUGUUUUUAUGCUCCUUUAUGUAUGGAGUAGAGAAUUUCCAAACGCUCAAAUCAACAUAUAUGGACUUGUUUCACUUAAGGCAUUCUAUCUUCCGUGGGCUAUGCUUGCUUUGGAUGUCAUUUUCGGUUCAUCUCUAAUGCCCGAUCUGUUAGGUAUCAUUGCAGGACAUCUAUACUACUUCUUGACAGUGUUGCAUCCACUAGCAGGUGGGAAAACUAUUUUGAAGACUCCAAUGUGGGUACGUAAAUUGGUUGCAAGAUGGAGAAUUGGAGCCCAACCAAUUAGUCGUGGCGAGCCUGUUAAUAACAUUCAGCGAGAGAGCAGUUCAGGAGUUUUCAGGGGAAGAUCCUAUCGACUAAAUGGGUAAAUGUGCAACAAUGAAAGGAGGUGAAUUUUCCUUGACAAGCUGUUUCAUCUAACCUUAUAUAGGUUGGUGACUUGACACCAUUGACAUAUGGAGUUAAACAUCCCUUGUGAAUUUGAAUGAGAACACUGUAUGAACCUUGACAGUUCAUUGAAAAGCAAACUUUCCGUUGGGGAGCCUUAUAAUUUGAAUAGUUUUCUUGGGAUAUUUCUUUGUAAGAAAGUAUAUGAGAAAAAAACUUGUGAAUUAAAUUAGUUGUCAUAAAAAAAUACUUAAAUACGACUUGUAUGUGGAUGUUUAGUUACAAUUAAAUCGAAAUUUUUAAUGUUUUAAAACCA